AAAUGAAAGUCAGAAGUGGCAGGAAUGUUGGCCACCGUGUUGUGUUACAAGUUGUUACCUUUCUAUGGAUUGUUUGUACUUAUCCGCAUAGCAGAUAAUCAAGGACAAGUAGAUAAAAUGACGGAUUCCAAGUAUUUUACGACGACGAAAAAGGGCGAGAUUUUCGAGCUCAAGUCCGAAUUGAACAGCGAUAAAAAAGAAAAGAAAAGAGAAGCCGUCAAAAAGGUGAUUGCUUCAAUGACAGUCGGCAAGGAUGUAUCCGCCCUCUUCCCAGAUGUAGUCAAUUGCAUGCAAACUGACAAUCUCGAGCUGAAAAAGCUGGUCUACCUUUAUCUAAUGAACUACGCCAAAAGCCAGCCCGAUAUGGCUAUCAUGGCCGUCAACACGUUUGUCAAGGAUUGUGAAGACACCAACCCAUUGAUCAGAGCGCUCGCGGUUAGAACAAUGGGAUGUAUCAGAGUCGAUAAAAUCACCGAAUAUCUUUGUGAGCCUUUGAGGAAAUGUUUAAAAGAUGAGGAUCCUUAUGUGCGCAAAACCGCGGCUGUCUGUGUAGCUAAGUUGUAUGACAUCAAUGCUCAGCUCGUUGAAGACCAAGGUUUCCUUGAUCAGUUGAAAGAUCUUCUUUCCGACUCAAAUCCCAUGGUUGUAGCCAACGCUGUUGCUGCUCUUUCAGAAAUGAAUGAAGCUAGUGUGAGCGGUUCUCCUCUGGUUGAAAUGAAUGCUCAGACAAUAAAUAAAUUGCUUACAGCUUUAAAUGAAUGUACAGAAUGGGGGCAAGUGUUCAUACUUGACUCUUUAGCCAAUUACAGCCCGAAAGACGAACGAGAAGCACAGAGCAUUUGUGAGAGGAUAACGCCACGAUUGGCACAUGCCAAUGCAGCAGUUGUUUUGAGUGCUGUUAAAGUACUGAUGAAAUUUAUGGAGAUGCUGCCUUCAGAAUCGGACUUCGUUUCUACCCUGACCAAGAAACUGGCCCCACCUUUGGUCACCCUGCUGUCGUCCGAGCCCGAAGUGCAGUACGUUGCUCUCAGAAAUAUAAAUCUGAUUGUGCAGAAAAGGCCAGAUAUCCUCAAACACGAGAUGAAGGUCUUUUUUGUCAAGUACAACGAUCCAAUCUAUGUCAAACUUGAGAAACUAGAUAUCAUGAUCAGGCUCGCAUCUCAGGCCAAUAUAGCUCAAGUUCUUUCUGAACUUAAAGAAUAUGCAACUGAAGUAGAUGUGGAUUUUGUUCGGAAAGCUGUAAGGGCAAUCGGUCGUUGUGCUAUUAAAGUAGAACAAUCUGCUGAAAGAUGUGUUUCAACAUUGCUUGACUUAAUUCAUACAAAGGUUAAUUAUGUUGUGCAAGAAGCAAUUGUCGUGAUUAAAGACAUAUUCAGGAAAUACCCCAACAAGUACGAAAGCAUUAUCUCAACUUUGUGCGAGAAUCUGGAUACAUUAGAUGAGCCUGAGGCUCGUGCUUCCAUGAUCUGGAUCAUUGGCGAGUACGCAGAAAGGAUUGACAAUGCAGACGAACUUUUGGAGAGUUUCUUAGAGGGUUUCCAUGACGAAAACACCCAAGUACAGCUGCAGCUGCUCACCGCCAUAGUCAAGCUUUUCCUCAAACGCCCCACUGAUACCCAAGAGUUGGUCCAACAAGUCCUCAGCCUGGCUACACAAGACUCGGACAAUCCGGACCUGAGGGACAGAGGAUUUAUUUACUGGAGGCUUCUUUCAACAGAUCCAGGAGCAGCUAAGGAGGUAGUACUAGCUGAGAAACCACUGAUCUCCGAGGAGACUGAUCUUCUUGAGCCUACACUCCUCGAUGAGCUUAUAUGCCAUAUUUCCAGCCUUGCUUCUGUUUAUCACAAACCACCAUCAGCCUUUGUAGAAGGUAGAGCAGGAUUGCGUAAAUCCUUACCUGCCAGCAAUUUUAGAUCUGGCUCAAAUGAAGCAGUACACGAACAAACGAAUGCAAGCCAGGCGCAAGUCAUUCCAUCGCAGGAUUCCUUGAUUGGCGACUUACUAAGUAUGGACAUCAGUGGGCCUCCGGUGCCUGCACCUCAACACCAGCCCCCAACAGCACAACCUGUUGACCUUCUUGGGCUCGAUUCUCUUUUGGGAGGAGUUGGUGAUACAGCACCAGCAGCAGUUUCCCAGUCAACGACUGGUCUACUUGGUGAUAUAUUCGGAAUCACGACACCACAGCCUAUUGCUUAUGUGCAGCCAAAGUCAAUCUGGUUGUCUGCCGAAAAAGGGAAAGGGUGUGAAAUAGCAGGAACCUUCUCUAGAAAGAAUGGGCAGAUCAGCAUGGAUAUGACGUUCACAAACAAAGCAAUGCAACCAAUGACUGGAUUUGCCAUCCAGUUGAACAAAAACAGCUUUGGAGUCACUCCGGCUAGAGCAUUACAAGUUGUAAAUCCUCUGCCUCCCGGUGUUUCCCAUGAGACAUCAUUACUGCUCAGCACAACAGGAGCCAUACAAAGAAUGGAACCGCUGACCAAUCUACAAGUCGCUGUGAAAAACAAUAUAGACGUGUUUUACUUUGCCUGUGUCAUCCCGAUGAAUGUGUUUUUCACUGAAGACGGACAAAUGGACAAGAGAGUUUUCCUCUCCACAUGGAAGGAGAUUCCUGCACAGAACGAGGUGAACUACACGUUGAACAACGUGCAGGCGAGCGCGGAUAUAGUGGUUCAGAAGAUGCAGCAAAACAACGUCUUCACAAUUGCGAAAAGAAACGUCGAGGGACAAGACAUGCUUUACCAGAGUAUCAAGCUCACAAAUGGCAUCUGGGUCCUCAAUGAGCUGAAAAUCCAGCCGGGAAAUCCGGAUAUAACUCUUUCCCUCAAAUCGAGAGCUUUGGAUAUAGCGUCUGGAAUUUUCCAAGCUUACGAUGCCAUACUUCACUAACCUAUUAGAAAUAAAUAGAUUCCCCACAACUGUAACUGUGAAGGUAAAGAAUAUUUAUUAAUUUACCCAAAAAUUGUAUUAGUAAAAAGAAAUCAAAUGUGGUAAUCUCAAUUCAUUCCAAGAAUGCUACUUUUUAUUAUUCAUAUUAUUAUUGUGUAUUAUUAAUCAUCUAACAGCCUGAGGGAGCUUCGUGAUUCUUUAUAUAUUUAAUUUUAUUAUACAUCAUUUCAAUUAUAUUAUUGCCAAAGUGAUAUUGCAUUAAAAUUAUUAUAAUGGCAAUAUUGUUAUUAUUUUAAAAAUCAUGUUUAUCACAAUUACAAUAUGUAUGAACCUCAAA